CAGCAAUUCACAUUAUAAAAGGCAGCGUAUACACGAUCUGUGUUCCAAUCGCUCCUAACUGGUAUUUUCCCCCGAAAUAAUGAAAUACCUUUCAAUCAUCUUUACGCUAUUCGUCAUUCUUGGAUUAGCCCUUGGCGAUAUGGAUCUCAGCACCUGCGCUAGAAUGGAAGAUAACCCCAUACUCUUGAAAGCAUCGACAGAAGCUUGUAUCGCUUCUUGCAAAUCGCAGAACUGUGAGACCGGGAACUGUCAAAAUAAAGGAGGACAGAAAACUUGCGAAUGCACGAACUGCCAGGGCCAAGAUGUUUGAUUGUUUUGAAAAGACUUAACUUCGGCGUUGCAAUGCAUUCUUUGACCUUUGCUUCUAAUCUUUCUUGCAUUUGUUGCUAAUACUAUCAAAAGUUGAAGAUUUUGAUUGCGU